AUCUUCAUCGAAUGAGUCUAAACUAAAAAUAGUAACGCAAGGAAAACUCGAAGACAGCUGAUAUAUGAUGAAGCUAGAAACAGGAAAUACCAAGAUCUAGUUGAUUGGUUGUGAGAAGAUUUCAAAAAUACCAGAUUUGAUACGAGCUGAGACCUGUUUGACUGACAUAACCAUGGCAUCAAUUCGUCCAAAUGACCAUGAGAAUCUGAUGAAAAAGCUGGCCAUUGUGCAGAAGAAAUCUCUAGAUGUGAAGUUUGACCUUACCAACACUGACUAUCAGGCUGUAGAGAAUAUAGGUAUAGGUGCAUAUGGUGUAGUGUGUUCCGCCAUUCACAGAAAGUCACACGAUCGUGUGGCUAUAAAGAAAAUCCCCAGGAUAUUUGACUACUGUAAAAUAGGAACAACAACAUAUCGAGAAAUCAAAAUUCUGAAACAUUUCAAACAUGACAACAUCAUUUCUAUCAGAGAUAUCAUCAAACCUAAGGAAUCAGUGGAUGAGUUUCGGGACAUUUAUGUUGUGUUUGAUUUGAUGGAAAGUGACCUUCACAAGAUUAUCUAUUCAAAACAAGACCUUUCGGAGGAACAUGUGAGGUACUUUCUCUACCAGUUACUGAGGGGACUCAAGUACAUCCACUCGGCAAAUGUUAUUCACCGAGAUCUGAAGCCAAGCAACCUACUUGUCAAUGAGGACUGCCAGCUCAAGAUAGGAGACUUUGGUAUGGCACGAGGUGUGUCUGCAUCACCAGAUGAACCAAACCACUUCAUGACGCAGUAUGUAGCGACACGCUGGUACCGCGCCCCGGAGAUCAUGCUGGCAUUGGUGGAGUAUGGGGCGGCCGUAGACGUGUGGUCUGUUGGAUGCAUCUUCGCAGAAAUGCUGGGACGCAAACAUCUCUUUCCAGGAAAAGAUUACAUCAGUCAGAUUAAAUUGAUCGUUGGAAUACUGGGUUCCCCAUCUGAUCGACUUUUUCAGUUAUGUCAAUCAGACCUCAUCAAGCAGUUUAUCACCAAACUCGGGAAGAAGGAGUCCAUCGCCUGGAACACCCUGUUUCCCAAGGCCAGUAAGAAGUCUCUGGACUUUUUAGGGAAGAUGUUGGUGCUACACCCUGGUGACAGGAUCUCUGUAGAUAAUGCUCUCAAUCACCCUUACCUCAACAAGUACCACGACCCUGACGAUGAACCAAUAUGUCUGCCAACAUUUAACUUCGAUUUUGAGAAUGAGGAGAUGACAACAACAAAACUCCGCAAUAUUAUAUACAAGGAGAUCAUGGAGUACCAUGGGCCAAAGAGCCCACUAAUGAAAUUCAGUGCCUGUCUGAAGCCAGUUCCACGGGAAUCAACGUGUACAGUGUCAGCUCCUUGCAAACAAGAGUGUUCCACGACACAAGACUUCAAGCCUGGAUUAGACGCAUUGCAGGUUGUUCCUCAGAUUCAGCCGAAAGAUGAAUUUAAGCGACCCUUGACAGUAAAAAAGAAUGAUGAAAGGGUGACCCUAGACAAGGAGAGUUUGAAGAUACCCACGAAUGAUGUAGAAAUGCCAAGUGCUAAGUCAGAAUGUGGUGAACCACAGUCAUCUAUGUCAGUAUUACACAUGAAAGAGGAGGUCCAGCAGGAAAUAAAGAAGGAGAAUAAGACCAUUUCCUCUGAUACAAAGGCCCUAGUGAAGGCAGCACUGCUCAACUCUAGUCUGAAGAAACAAAGACAUGAAUCCUCUGUAGAAGCAGAUGACAGACCGAAACCCAUCACUGCUGCACAAAGACAGAAGGAGAGGGAGGAGAAAAGGAAGAAAAAGAAGGAAAAGGCUCUUGAGAGGACAAAGAAGAAGAAAGAACAGAAAGCUGAAUCCGGGGCACUCCUCACCGAUGCAGACAGAGAACUUCUCAACAGAUGGUCCAAGAUGCAGAAAGUGAACCAUCCUAUUGCACCAAAGCCCGACAACAAGCCCAACUCAACAGCCCAGCCCGCAAACUGUAAUAUGAUAUCUAUUGGGGAGACAGGUCAGACACUGGGGCAGCAGUGCCUCCAACAGUACCUGGCCAAUCAGAAAAAGGCUGCAGACUCUGACCCCACUCGUCCACAAGUCAACCCCACCAGUACAGUACAUCCCGGAUCUGACCGAACUUUGUCACAGACAGGAAACAGUAUAUCUCAGCCUGGCAGUCAUUCUGGCCAGUAUCAGUCGGACAUUGCACAGCCAGCUAGCUUCCCUCAGGACAGUGCACAGAAGCAUAGCCAAACAGUGAACUCCAGCAUGUCAGGUCAAAGUGGUCUUCAAACUGAUAGCAGUCAGAACAGCAUCAGUACAAACGUGAGGCUUUCUCAAGGAGGUGUGUCAUCUUCAAUAACUGAACAAAACAAUAUGUCAUAUACUCAUCAACUCUCGCUAAUAGCAGGAAGUCAAGGAACCCAAGGUAUUAUGGGUAAUCUCGUUCAACAGCAAGGAAUGAUGGAAGGUGGAAUUCAUAAAUUAGAAGAAAGUGAUAUGAAUAAUGACCUUUCAACUAUCAGUUUUGACAAUUUAAAGAUGCUUGGAAUCAUUAAUUCCCAGACAACAAAUUUUCAGCAAGGUCAUUUUUUCAGUACAACUCAACAGUCGUUUGGUACCACUGGAGGGGAGGGUGUAACAGGUGAUAAUAGAAUCUCUGCCACAUCAUCAUCUCUUCCUCCAGAUGAAAAUCAAAGUAAGUCCUUCUCGCAAGCUCGAGCACCAGUUUCUCAUGGGUCUCCAGCUUCUCCUCACAAAGACUAUAGUAAUCACAGCUCACCUGAAAGUUACCAGUCGCAUGGCUCACCAGAAUAUUAUCAUGGAGAAUCUCAGGACCAAAGUAAUAACAGACUGGGGUCAUACUCCGAGUCCAGUCCUCCUGACCUUCAACAGAGGUCACCACAACAGGGGUUCCAGCAGGGGGCACAUGAUUCUGUGUUUCAGCAGAGGACAUCCCAGUCAACAUUUGACCAACAACAACAAUCACCUCAGUCAUUAUUCCAACCGCAGAAUUCCCCUCAGUCAACUUUUGGAGAGUUUGGUCGAAGGCCUAGUGAUGACCAGCUCAGCAACACAGAUAGCCAGUCUAGCAAUCCUGGUCUGUCAGAUGCCAUUUUGUCACUGAACACAGUGCAGGAUUUGAGUGGACACAUAAACCAGAUUCCAUUUGCUCCAGUAGCCAUGGACAAUGACAACGGUCAGGGACAUUACUUUGGUGGUGGCUCCCAAAUCCCGUUUAAACAAGGUGCUACUUCACACGAUCAUCCACACCAACACUCUUAUUUCACACAUGGCUCUUCAAUGCAACCUGGCCAGUCAUUGACCAAUCAUCUGUUAUUCAAUGCUAACUCUCCACCAGACCUGAUCACCUCUCUGUCUAGGCAGUUGUCUCGGUCUCAGGUUGAUGACCCCUGUCCCCCAGCCCUAGCCUUGACCCCACGUGGCACAGGAGCCGGAUAUGGUGUGGGAAUGGACCUGGAUGCCCUCAUGGUUGAUGCUCAGGAAAUUGGUGCUCGCCCUGAACCUUCCCCCUUGUCGUCCUCCCUGCUGACUGACUGGAUGGAAGUGACUGGUGACCUCAAUAUAGAUAUGGAUGCUCUGGAGCAGGAGUUGAGCCUUCAGUCUCCCAUGACCUUGUCAUACAAUGACCUCUCCAUGUACACCACCUGAUCCAGAGCACUGCCAAGGCCUCCUUGAUCAAGAUCAGAACAAAGCAACUCAAUGCAAUUCCUAUAAUAUAGAUAAUGAAUCAAAUGUGAACCUGUAAAGUUGUAUACCUGUGUAUGAUGCUACACAUGUCAGUAGCAUUAGUAAGCUUGUUGGUUAGAUUUUUUUUUUUUUUUAUGUUGUGAAUUUCUAACAUUUGAUAAACAUUUUAUCGUGAAGUAGUUGUGGUAAGGGACUAAGGGAGGUAAUGUGGUCGAUAAGGGAGGUAAUCUCGUUGAUAAGGGGGGUAAUAUCAUCUCCCAUUUCAGUUAUAAGGGAGGUAAUAUCAUCUCCCAUUUCAGUUAUAAGGGAGGUAAUAUCAUCUCCCAUUUCAGUUAUUAAAAACAAAACUAACUGAUUAUUACACUGAAACAGAAAGGAAAUUGUACAGACCUGGAUAGGUUGCUAAUGUGUUCAUAUCAAAAUAGUUUUAAGUAAAAGUAAAUGUUGGAUGAAUAGAGAAUGAUUUAGAUACUUUAGUUAUGUUGUAAACUGAAAAAUUGUUAUUUAUGAUUUAUAUGCACUUUACAUGUUAGAAACACUAGUCUAAAUUGUAAUAAAACAAACAUUGAAUGAUA